AUGACACCCACAACUACUCCUGCGGUCGGCGCCGCCAGCAGCAACAAGAACAAGAACAAGGACACAGUCAACAAGCCCGAGGGGCCUCAAGAGAACAACAUCCUCUCUGGGCCCGUUGCUCAAGACGACGAUGACUCUACCAGCGAAAAGAUGAUCGGCGAGGUCACCGAGUUUGAGAAGCGCAAGAUCCUCGACGGCAAGGCAAAGUUCAACCGUCUCGGCUGGAAGCGCCUCACCAUCGUCCUCAUCGUCCAGGCCGUAGCCCUCGGCUCGCUCUCCAUCCCCGGUGCCUUCGCCACGCUGGGUAUGGUAGCCGGCGUCAUCUGCUCAGUCGGCAUUGGACUCAUCGCCAUUUACACGUCGUGGAUCGUCGGCCAGGUCAAGGUCAAGUACCCGCAGGUAGAGCACUAUCCUGCCGCAGGAGGGCUAAUGUUUGGGCGUUGGGGAGCGGAGGCCUUUGGAGCCAUGGUUACUCUCCAACUUCUGCUUCUCACGGCCUCGCAUUGCCUGACGGGGACCAUUGCCUUUUCGACUCUUACGGAAAGCAACGUCUGCAGUCUGGUCUGGGGUGUUAUUUCAGCCAUCUUGCUGCUGCUCCUUGCGGUGCCUCCUAGUUUCGCCGAGGUGGCCAUUCUGGGCUACAUUGACUUUGCGUCUAUCAUCGCGGCUAUUGGCAUCACCAUCAUUGCGACUGGUAUCAGGUCUAGUGAGGCGCCCGAGCCUGUCAACUGGUCUGCCUGGCCCAAGCCAGAUAUCACUUUCGCGCAGGCCUUUAUUGCUGUUUGUAAUAUCUUCUUUGCCUACAGCUUCUCCAUCUCCCAGUUCAGCUUCAUGGAUGAGAUGCAUACACCCACCGAUUAUAUGAAGGCCAUCUGGACUCUCGGUGGCUUGGAAAUCGUCAUCUACACGCUCACCGGCGCGCUCAUCUACUCGUUCGUGGGUGUUGAUGUCAAGUCUCCAGCUCUUCUAUCUGCAGGCCAUACAGUUGCGAAGGUCGCCUUUGGUGUCGCCUUGCCUGUCAUUUUCAUCAGCGGUUCGAUCAACACAACUGUUGCGGUGCGGUACAUCCACGGUCGCGUCCAUGAGAAUUCCAUCGCCAGGUAUAUCAAUACCCCCAAGGGAUGGAUUUCUUGGCUACUUCUCAUCACCAUCUUCACAUGGAUUGGUUUCGUCGUUGCAGAGGCUAUUCCUUUCUUCAGCGAUCUGAUCGCCAUUACAUCGAGUCUUUUGAACUCUGGCUUCACCCUCUACUGGCCUGCUGUUAUGUGGUUCAUGUUGCUGCGGGAGGGUAAAUGGUACAGCAAGAAGAAUAUCUUGAUAAGCAUUGUCAACAUUAUCAUCUUCGUUAUGGGUCUUGUAUUCCUAGUUGCCGGAACAUACUCCGCUGUCGUCGAUAUUAUUCAUCAGUACGACCAGGGAACCGUCAAGAGCGCUUUCACCUGUGCGCCUCUUGGCUAA